AUGGCGGCGCUGCCGCGGUGCGCCGCGAACAGCUCGAGGUCACGUGCGAGCAGCGCCGCCUUGGCGUACGCCACCUCGACGAGCAUGUUCACGAACUUGUCCGUGGGGGUGGGGGCGGGGGCGGGGGCUGCCGCGGUGGCAAGCACGUCCGGUAGCUGGCGGUGGAUCUCGCACCACAGUUUGGCCUUCAGCGCGGGGUCCGACAUCGUCUGGUGGGCUCUUGGGGCCGGGGGGGGGGGGGCGGUGUGUCGCGUGCGCUGUGCGAGUCCUUCGUUCUCUUUUCUUUCUUUCUUCUUUUUUUUUUUUUUCUUUGGUUCACGUUUUUUUUUGUUUGUUGAAAGGACUUCUCUCUUUCACCCCUCCAUCAAAAUAUCGUUAACUACAUUUGCAUGCCAGCUGUUUCAUAAUCUCAUCGCUGCUUCCCAUUCUGUCGCUCUAGGUGUCUCCACGGCAAAGAUGAACCGAUUGACAAUAAGUUAUGGGCUGCAGAGUGCACAAUCGCAGUCGAGGACACAUAUCUUGCCCAUCACGAAAGUACUGUACCCGAAAUGCAUCGCUCAGUGUCCCUACUAUCUGACAUCAGCAAGAGAUGGGUCCAUUAUAGUGCAUUCGGUGGAAUCGUCCGCAGAGUUGCAGAAUGUGAGGUUACAAGUUCAUUCGGAUUGGAUAUCUGACCUCGUGGAAUUGAGUGUUGGUGUGUUCGUGUCCGUGUCGCAUGAUUUCUCAGUAACCCUCAUAAACGUGGAUAUGUCACCAAGGGGCGGGAUCUCUGCGUCCAGUAGGAUCGUCGGGGAUCACGAUGAUUACAUUAAGGCGUGCAGUGUACUGGACAGUUCACGGUUUGUCACUGCGGGGCUAGAUGGGGUAGUGAAAGUGUGGGGGGUCUCAACAACAGAUACUCACGUUCACCUGUCCCAUCAGUUCGAUAAUAAGAAUGCAUCGAUAUAUGCACUUGCCACGGGUGGCGGUGGACCUCUGGAUAUUGUCGUUGGUGACUCCAAUGGGGAUAUCUCAUUGUACAGUUCCAGAGACGCGGCAGAACCAGUUCAUAUACCAAAUGCACACGACACUAACGUCAAAUGUAUCGUGCAUUGGGCAAAUGGGACCUUCGUGAGUGCCUCCGCGGAUGGUGUUGUUAAAGUGUGGCGCGGGGAUCCAGUACGUGGGCUUGUCCCUCUAGAAACAAUACAACGGCCUUGCUCCAUUUGGUGUCUCCGCGCGGGGCCCUCAGACAAGGAGACUUUACUGAUGGGGGACUCAGCAGGUGGCGUCACAGCACUUGACAUGCGGGAUUACUCUCUGGAGACACUCUUGCCGCAGUCAUCCUCGGGUGAGAAGAAAUCCGGGGUACUCGCAUUGGAGGUCAUUGCGGGCGAACUUCAUUUCUCUAAAUGUAACGACUCAAACUUGUGCGCUCUCAAUUUUGAAUCAGGAGUCGUCCGUGUCGUGUGUCCGGGGGAAGGUGUCGCGCUGACAAAAUCCUCGCUUCUAACAAACAGGAGACACGUCAUUACGGAAAACACAGUCGGGAGCGUGCAAAGGUGGGAUAUUAUCUCGUGCGAACUGGUGGACACUUUCCCCCACGAAGAGGGGUCCUUCGACGAGAUCGUUAGGAAGUACACCACGAAGGAGAUCCUGUCCCAUUGGUGUACAGUGUCCGUGAAAGUAGGCAUGCUCUUCGUCAAGAUAAACCCGAAAUUCCUCGACACAGAGGUAUACGGGUCAGCGCUCCACAGAUACAACAUCAUCAACGGUGUGGAAUUGAACGAGGAGACAAGGUACAAUUUAGGGAAGAUCGUGGCAAAUUCACUCUUCUACGAUUUCGUCCGCUGGGAGGUCAAGAGGGACGCCAAAUUUAGAGAGAAAUUGUCCCAUUCAAAACAUAAACAGACACAGGCAUUCGCAUCGGUACCAGCACAGGCACAAUCAGAGGAACCACCAGCAUUCAACAAGCAGAAGGAAAAAUUCAAGAGGAGGAGCGCGUUCGCGAAAUUUGGUUACGGAUCCUCGAACUCGAACUUGGGGACGAAAAGCGAUACGGGCUCACCGUACGUCUCAGCACCAACAACACCUCUUAACACAGAUUUCCAAAGCGUCCCACUGAAAGAGGGGGGCUUGUCUGGCGGUUACCACAUGAACGUCUCGACGGAUUCUGUCGUACAGCCAGCACCAAAGACAUCAAGCUCUCUUCUCACCCGCAAAUUCAAAUCGUUCAGGUCAGGCAGUGCAAAGGACUCUGGUAUAAGCCAGUCGGCGACCCCAGAAGAUCCAAGGCCUCACACUACCCCUGCAGGGGCACCCGUUGCCGCGCCAUUAUCUAUGGCAGGUACAAGUGCCGUGCCUGAAAAUGCACUUCACGACGCAUUACACACUUUGGCAGAGAACAACAAAAGCUUGGAACAAGCAACUGCAAAGAAUCAGGAAAACCCACCGUUGACCGUCAACACCAAUCUAUUACCUGCACCAGCAGAUACAAAGCAAAUGGCACAAUCUUCGCAACGCAGCGAAUUUAUAUCCGACUACAUCGAACAAGUGCACGAUGACUACAUGGACCAGUACCAUAACGCGUCGACCUCGAUGAAAUUGCUCUCGAAAAGGACGCCAGAGACAAAAAUCAUAAGGGAUAGCCGCCUACCGAUAAUACAGGUGAAGUCCGCACCGCUGAUCCUCAUUCAUUGCUGGAAGGACGGCGCGUGCGGCGGGAGGGUCCUGUUCUCCACGUUACUACCCCCUACGAAGAUUAAAAAUCACCAUCUAAAUCGCCAUCCAAGCUCCACGUCAUUACACUCUAAAGCAUCGCACACGUCAGCGACCUCUCUAAUGUCACUCUCCUCAUCUUUCUCCUCGUCCACAACUUCGUUGUCCUCGAUCUCCUCUGGUAAGCAAAAAUCGAGCACCCCGACGUCAACUUCGACCGCAUCCCUGGGACAUCUGGAUGAACAACCGACAACUGAGGAGGUCACGACAGCAGGAAAGAAGAAAACGUUUGAGGAUCUAGAGAGAAACCUACCUUACUGGUUGGCCGAGACUUUGUUCAAUGAUAUCCGAGUACUGGACGACAAGCAACCGAAGCUAAAUUUUAUAAUUGUCCCCUGGGUCAACCCAAAUGCAAACCCAACGGGGAACAGCGGAACAGCGGAAACACCAGGGGAGGAGGAGUCCUCAUCUCAACAGUUCUCGCACAUGUUCAAAUUGGGCAAGUCCAAGAGUAACGACAUGAAGUUAGGAAGGACAGAUCUCCCCAAAAUAUCGGAGGCUAAUAUCAAACUAACUGCCCCCGGAAUGAUUAAAGUGAAAAAGAUCAAGUACUACGUCGUUGACAGGUUUGAGGCCAAGACCCCGGAAAUGAAGGGCAAGCUGGAGCCGGUUGUAUGGCUGGAGUUGCUGUGCAAGGGGCAGGUCCUGGAUGAUGACAUGACUCUGAGUACCGUAAGAACGUUACAUUGGAAAUCGCAGGGAGAAAUCGUUAUCGAGUACAGAAGGAAGGUUGCUGUCGAUAGUUGA